UAGGAUCAUGAAAUUUAUAUUGUUUAGCAUGUUUUAUAAUUAUUUCAUUUUGUUUUACACCGUUUUUUCUAGACGUUGGCAGGUCCUGAAAAACGGACCCGGAUAUCGUGCGGAAAUAACGGUGGUUCAUUUUUGUGUUUAUCUUUUACCCAUGUCCUCUUUAUUAUGAAAUUCUGUAGUCCGGCGAUGCCGGAUUACUAUUUUAAUAGAGGCACACUGCGGUUUAAGAGAUAUUAUAUGUGUUUUCCGAGUUUCCUUCCCUCCUGACUAUCUUUGUUGGCCUCUCAUUCCGGCGAUGCCGGAAUUUGAGUGGAGGGAGAGUGAGGAUUCUCAAGAAAAUUGUAAAUUUAUAUCAUCCAAAAUUUUCCGGGGGGUACCCCUGGAAAAUUACUGUUAUAGUUUAACACGAUGAUUGGUGAAUACUCAUAUGUAAAUAUCUCUUACAGAUGUUACAGUGUGCUGAAGUGGGCUGUUCCGCUAUGCUACAACAGCCGUGCGGACAUGUAGAGUGUCGCACUCACGCGGCAUGUGCAGUACAAGUUUUGCAAGAGACGGUCUGGCAUUAUGAGAGAUGCCAGGUCUGCUAUGACCUCUACGCACAGAUCACUGAUGACUCGGCCCCUAAAGAGGUGAAAGAUACGGCACUCGCCACCUUGAAGAUUUGGGUAGGUGGCUUUGGAAGAAAUGUAGGGAAAGCUAGGCCCUAUAUUCUUUCCCGGGAUGCGGCUUCCGUCAUCUACCCUAAUUCGAAGACUUCGGCUGUAGCGGAAGAAGUCGCGGCGCCAUAUCUUCAAGAUAUAAAUGAAGAAUACCAUAGUUUAGAACCUUUAGAGGGACCCGAGGCAGAAGUAGUAGCGGAAGUCGGCGGCUUGCACUUAUCGUCUGAGCCGAUGCAGACGGAGCAGGUAGGUGAGGCAGUAGCUAGUCCUUCUCCUUCAAUCUCCUCCUCUGACUUCCCUCCUUUUCCUUCUCUUACUCCUUCUCCAGUCGCCUCUCGUGUCCCCUCUCGGACCCCGCCAGGGUUCGAGGGUUUUGGGAACGUUGAUGUAACUAAGGCAGCGUCUGUUCGGCCUAAGGUGAAGACCGUGAAGACUAAACAGCUGCCUGCGAAAGUGAAGUCCGGCACCUCGGCCCCUUCUGCCGCGGACUCCAACUCGAAGAGUAGAUCUAGCCGAAGCGGCAGCAAGGACAAGUCCUCACGUAGGACUAAGGAGAAGCUUGCUACUCCUUCUCCGGCUCCUUCACCGGCUUCUACCCCGAUAGCUGCUGCUAUCCUUAGUCCGGCGCCAAUUCCGUCACCGACUUUCCCGUCUACAUCAGGGGAAGUACCGGUUAACUUAGAGGUUCUGACUUCCCUUCUAAUACAGAAAGUUAGUCAAGAAGUUUCCUCUCAAGUAGCUAGGGAUAUGGCAGCUCUUUCAGGCAAACUGGAAUCGCACAUGUCUCGUACGGACCAGUCAGUAUCAGAGCUGUCAGGGAUAGUGAGCCAACAUCAGUUAAUGAUGGCUCAGACAGGUGGAAACCCACAGCUUUUCUCGAUCUUGCCUAAUGCGGCCAAUCUACCUCCCUUUGAAGCAGGCAAUCCGUGGCGUUUAGCUUUUGGAGCUGUUUUGCGUGAUGGUAAGCUCACUAUCGAAGGGUGCGGGACACGCCCGUUAGAAGAUUUUGAGUUUCACCCGACAGAUUUACAAUCUCCUUUCUUAGGCUAUGCAAGGUUGACUAAGGAAGCUCUUGUAAGGGAAGAUAAGGUUCCGGCUGAGACUCUUAUCUUUCCAAGAGAAGCGGCUCAGUCAGCUUGGCUUAGGAUUAUGAAGGAGAUGGAGUGUGUCAACACUAAGAUCACUCCAUUUAAAGGGAAAUACACCACUUUCAUUAUCCCAAAAGAUUACCCGCUGCCUUGCACCACGAAGAUCGCCGAGCUGACCCUGAAAGCUGCGGAAGAAGACAAGCCUCUUCCACAAUUGAAAGAGACAGACUUGACGUCUUUGUUGAUGCCCGAAGAUCCUACAUACUGGCAUCAAACUCCGGAAACGUUCCAGAAAGGGAAGUUGGAAACAGAUUGUGCUUCGACACAAUUUAAUGAGAGACUCCUUAAACUACCUGAGCAUCUCAUUAAGGCCGAGUUUGAAGCAAGGUGUAGGCUGAGUCGGUCCCUUCACUCAGUCACUUCUGCGGAGAUGAUUGCUUCCACCUAUCCGACUGCUCCGGAAUUUCAGGUCCUUACCAAGUCAUUGUUAGGCACAUUUCAACACGACUUGUUUGAUUUCGCUGUGGCGCGAAGAGCCUGCCGGAAGUUUGUCCUAAGACCAGCAACGAUCAGACAUGAGCCUAAUAAGCUCAUUAGAUCUUCAAUAUGGGGACCUUUCCUCUUUCCGGAGGAUUUAGUAGCUCAGGUUACUCAAGAGGCAGUGAGAGCCAAUCAAUCACUGGCAACCAGAUGGGCUCUUAAGUUCAAGCGUCCAGCAGAUCCUUCCACGGCAGGCGGUCAGAAGGCCAAGAAGCCAAAGAAGUUUCAACAGAGAAGGUUUCAAAGAUCUCCUGCGGUGAACCAACCUUCCACUUCCAUGCCUCCACCACAACAAUCAUACAUGUGGGUACAGACACCAGCACCACAGUCUAAUCAACCCUUACUUCCAUCACCGGCCUACAACCAGACUUAUGAGGCUCAUACUUCCUUUCAGAGGUAUGCUCCUAGAGGAACUAGAGGACGUGGUACCUCCAGACGGGUCGGCGGAGGAGGGGGAAGGCUCGCAAGAGCCAGACCCUACAGAGGAGGUAGAGGUUCAAGACCAGCUGCCAACCAAUGAGACAGCCAAGGUAGGUGGGAGAUUAGCUCUAUUCAAGCACAGGUGGACAUUCAACACCUGGGCACACAGUGUCAUAUCGAAAGGUCUGGGAUGGAGGUGGAAGAAGGGACCACCUCCCCCAUACAAGUUUUUUCAAGACCGGACACCAGAUCUAGUAGCUUUCACUCAGGAACUACUCCAGAAAAGGGCAAUAAAAAGAGUCAGGAACAUCAAAUUUCAAGGCAGACUAUUUUCAGUACCCAAGAAGGGCACAGACAAGAGGAGGGUGAUUCUAGAUCUUUCACGGCUCAAUUCCAGUAUAGUAUGCGACAAGUUUCGCAUGCUAACCGUGACCCAAGUGAGAACCUUACUUCCCCGUGGAGCCGUCACCACCUCUAUAGAUCUUACCGAUGCUUAUUAUCAUGUGCCCAUAGCAAGGAACUUGUCCCCUUACCUAGGGUUCAGAUU